AUGGGAAACCCGAAGGACGCCAGUUCCCUUGCCCACAUACUGUAUGAGCAGUGUAAGGGUGAUGCGACGUCACUCAAUCGAUUGUUGCGUCAACGUGUGUCGCCCCGAGGCAAUCGCUUUGAGCGGGACACACCAGACACUUUUUUGUACAUUGAACGCAGCAAGAACCGCAAUAUUGUUGCAUACGCGGCAAGACUAUUGGACGCGGUGACGCAGAAGUCUGUGUCGUCAGGUGCUGGUCGCUCUUGCAUCAUGGAUCACUCCAACCCUGUUCACGCCUACUUUAUCGUUCUGGAGUCUGCCAAAUUUAAAGAAAAUCAGGAAAAUGUCGUCAUGAGUGAAAUUAAAGAACUCAAUUUUAUUGAGCGGAGACUUGCGUAUGGUUGCAGCGCCAAGCCGAUUUGUAGGACGAUGUCGGAUUCCAUGAAGGAGGGUAUUGGGCCGUGGCUGAAACACUUUGACACCCAUGCUUUGACGUAUGUUGCGCUACCAGGGCACCCGCUGUUGUUGCUGCUGCUUCCGCCUCUUGGCGGCGCAACGGAGAAUAGUGCGGAGGCGGAAGGUACCGGUCAGACCAACAGUGGCGGCGGGAAUGAACAAGAGGCGACAGACACGUUAGCCGUGUUGCUUGGCUUUGUGGGCGGCGUACUGAGCGUCUUGCAGCGUGUGUAUGUGUGCAGUGUCGAGCCAAAACACUUUUAUCAGCUUCCCACGGUGAAGUACAUUGAGUUCUUUGGCGUCUCCCUUGAGUCCGGGUUGGACACGUACGAAAAGAGGAAAAACUAA